CGGGGUGGACGGGCUGUCUGGAGCGCCCGGCGCAGGACCCGCCCCAGCUUUCAACGUGUUCGUGAGGCGGCUGAGGGGGCAGAGGCAGAGGGGCUGAUGCCGGGACACGCGACUGGCACCAGGAGUCCUGGCAGGACCGGCCCCCUUCCGACCAGACCCAGGAACAACCCCGAGACCCAGGACUCUCCCGGUCCCCCAUUCCAGCUCGCUUCCGAAGGAGGAAGGGGUGCCAGGAUAUCGGUGGCCCAAGUGCUCCCCGGACUGAGGAGCCUGUUCCCAGCACCUCAGCUGUCAUCUGACCUCUCCAUGGAAGCCUGAGUCUUUGUCUUCCCCCAAAAUGGAUGUUCCCGGGGCGCCCUCUGCUGGAAUUUGGAACUAAGUGUCUGUGAACUUCAAGUGAUGGCGGCAGUGGUCCUGCAGCUGCCCAACCCUCCACCCGGCAAUGAGACCCUGCUCGAACAUUACAACUACGUGGGCAAGCUGGAGGGCAGACUGAAGGACGCGGCGGAAGGCAGCCCCCUCACCACCGCCCUGUUCUUGGUCAUCUGCAGCCUCAUCGUCCUGGAGAACUUGAUGGUUCUGAUCGCCAUCUGGAAAAACAAUAGAUUUCACAAUCGUAUGUACUUUUUCAUCGGCAACCUGGCUCUCUGUGACCUGCUGGCCGGCAUCGUAUAUAAGGUCAACAUUCUGAUGUCGGGGAAGAGGACGCUCAGCCUGUCUCCUACCGUCUGGUUCCUCCGGGAAGGCAGCAUGUUCGUGGCCCUGGGGGCAUCCACCUGCAGCUUACUUGCCAUCGCCAUCGAGCGCUACUUGACCAUGAUCAAAAUGAGACCUUACGAUGCCAACAAAAAGUACCGCGUGUUUCUGCUGAUCGGGAUGUGCUGGCUGAUUGCCUUCUCGCUGGGCGCCUUGCCCAUCCUGGGCUGGAACUGCCUGCACAAACUCUCCGAGUGCUCUACGAUCCUGCCCCUGUAUUCCAAGCAUUACAUCGCCUUCUGCAUCAGCAUCUUCAUAGCCAUCCUGCUGACUAUCGUGAUCCUGUAUGCGCGGAUCUACUGCCUGGUGAAGUCCAGCAGCUGCAGGGUGGCGAACCCCAACAACUCGGAGCGCUCCAUGGCGCUGCUGCGCACGGUGGUGAUCGUGGUGAGCGUGUUCAUCGUCUGCUGGUCCCCGCUCUUCAUCCUCUUCCUGGUGGACGUGGCCUGCAGGGUGAAGGAGUGCCCCAUGCUGUUCAAGGAGCAAUGGUUCGUGGUGCUGGCUGUGCUCAACUCCGCCAUGAACCCGGUCAUCUACACGCUGGCCAGCAAGGAGAUGCGGCGGGCCUUCUUCCAGCUGGUGUGCAAUUGUCUGGUCAAAGGCAGAGGCACCCGCUCCUCACCUGUCCAGCCUGCUCUCGACCCCAGCAGAAGCAAGUCCAGUGGCAGCAACAACAGUAGCCCCGGCCCAAAAAGCAAGGAAGACCUUCCCCAGGUGACCACCUUGCCUAGCAUCAUCGACAAAAACAAACCCCUGCAGAAUGGCGUUCUCAGUCAGUGAGGGUGCCGGCCUCAGGGAAGGGCUCCUGAGGUUAAAUCCUGGGAAGAGCGUCACCAGCUCAGCAGCCACGUACCUAUUUAUUGCCUGCCCCCUCCGAAGACCCUCGUCCAGCUGGGACAGGGAAGUGGCUGUGCCAGCGGUCACUUGGUAUGGGUAUCUCUUCUGGAGGGACUUGCAGACUCACGGGUCCAUUCCGGUUGGACAGCAUGCCUGUCCGUUUGGGCUCUGGGGUCUGGCUGAUGCCCAGGACUACUCUCGCUGGUCCUUCUCCAUUGCUCCUGGAGAAGGGAGGUCAAGGGUCAACAGUGUAGCCUGUGUUCCUCAGAACCUCGGGUGAAGUCUUAGUGACUUUAUCUCUGACCAUGCAGAGGGUGGGUUUUGUAUAUUUGUCUUUUUGUUACAUAGCCCACUAGUGUUUUUGCUCCUUUGCCAUCAGGGGCGUGUGAGCUGCGAGCAGUAUGUGGCAGUCACACACAGGUGAUGCCAGUGUGUCUGGCAGAAGCCCUGGGCACAAGGAUGCAGCUGCAAGCACGCUGGGGAAGAGGUACAGUCCGUCUCCUCCAACUGACUACAGGUCUGUGGUCAGCUGUUUUAAACUCGCACAGUCCAAAAGUGGCUUGGGGGCUGACCCAAAACAGCCCUGCGACUGUGCCCCUGGACAUGCCGGUGUCUGAGGGUCUGGGUGACAGUCAGCAAGUUGGGGCUUGUGCCCACUUCUCUUCUGCCUAAUUUUAAGUAGAUCCAAGAGCCAAAACGCAAGUCACCAAAAGCUAACCAAGGUGUUGGGGAGCUGUGCUUCAGAGCCACCAAGGAAAGAACCCAUGCAGCAAGCAGCCGCUGUCUGUUGAACAUAAUGGAACGUUCCAUUGAAUCGGGAGAGUUUGCCAGAUAGCACUUUGAUCCUAUGUUGAGCUGGAUUCUGUCUCAGAGGAGCAGCAAGUCAACAUCCUUCCCUGUGGAAGUCCAGCCUUCAGGCAGAGUCCCCCCGCUUCCCGGAGGGCUCUCCACAGAGAUUGGGACAGCUGCUGCAUGGUCAGGAGGGGCUGCCAAUUCCUCCCAGACAAGCUCUCUCGGGACCCCCGAGAUCUUGCUUCCUCACAGGCGGAAUCUGUGUUGCCCUUCACUUUGUAAAGGGGCUUAGAAGGUGGACCUCCUCUCGCGUGCCCUCCCCUGGGGUUCUACUUGCCAGGCAGAGGAGCUACACAUAUUGGUGAAGCACUUAAGUGACUGGUCAGUGAUUUACAAAAGCAAACAACCCUCCAAGGAGUCUUACUUGAGUAACCCUCACAUGGGAGCCCCUGAAGAUUUUUAGGUUCAGAGAGAAUUUUUAGUACGGACCAAAAGGCUCAUCUUUUAUGUCACUUUUGGGCUAUCUGCUGGAAGCCCCUCUUACUGAGGCACAUUUUCGGGAUAAACAUGUACCAAUGUCCUUCUUUUUGUUAAUGACGAGACGAGCCCUUAUGUCUCAUCAAUUUAAGUCCAAAAUGUAGGGAGACAUUUUGUUGUCUCCUUUAUUUUAUGAACUAGCUUGAGAAAAUUCAGGGCAUUUCUAGAAAAGUUAAGCCGUGUGGUACUGGGUUAAGAAAACAAAUAAGCAAACAAAAGGCAUCAGAGGGUCAAAGACUUGGGUAUCGCAUUUCCACUUAGGCAAGGACUAAGUGGUUUUCGAACUUUCUAUCAGUUCUAAGUGGUGUUGGGAACUCUGGGGCCCUGGUGCUGAUAUUAGUGACACUUCACACCACCAUCCAGAGUUCUCUUUGAGAUAACACAAAAUUUUCAAGGGAGCUGAAUGAAACCUAUGAUGUAGUGACUGUGCUCAUUUGCUAUAUCCAAAAAGUAAUCAUUGAUUCCAGUGAGCACACUCCUCCCUAGCCAGUGGGUGAUCACACAGACCUGGGCAUGUGAUGCCCCAGAGAAGCCACGUGUCCGACCUCAGUCAGGUAGUAGCCCUUAUUAUGUCUAAUGUAUGUUUGUCAAAAAUAAAAUCAAUUGCCUUUGUAUAAGCCUGUUGUUCGGGGUGUUCGUGUGAGCAUGCUUUCACCAGGACACCUGGAGGGGUGCACGCUGGUAGCCCGAUCUCUCACCUGGGACCUGCAUUUCUAAACCACCUGCAGACUUCCCAAUCAGCUGUAUUCACCACCAGCACAGCCAGUGCCCGUGGUACUUCAGUGUGCCAGAGGCGCUGCGGUCACGCCAAUGUCAGGUCAGUGGACUGAUGGGGAGAGCAUCUUAGCUGCCCAGGCAGUGAAGUGCGGUCCAGAGAAAGACCUGGAUGUUUGGCUGUGCUCCAUCUGCCACAAAGGAGAGUAAGUUUGAGCCAAC